ACAACGUCCAUGUUUCAGUUAUGAAAAUAGCGAGAUUUUACAAACAUAUAUCAACCAUACAGAUAAAUAUAAAUUGUAUUUGUUUGUGUUCAUUACCUUCCAAAGACUAUUUAAAUUUGAUUAAACUGCUGACAGUUGAGCAUAGUUUUGUAGUAGCUAAUUAGCCACUCGGCUAAACUAUUUGACAUAAUCGGAUUCGACACUUUCGUACGCCAUUAAAUAAUUAAAUAAAUAGAUAACUUGAAAUAUAUAAUGUCUCUUAAUACAUUAUCUGGUUGUUUUAUGUAUGAGAAACCCUUACACCGUUACGGUUUAAUUUAUAAAAGUUGACGAAUCUGCUGCUGGUGUUCAACAGAUUGGUCAACAAAACGUCACUUCUUGUUAGUUCAGGCGGGCUGGUUGAAAAUCGAUGACGCUCUUUAUAUUUACUUAGCCAUCAUGUUACUCAGUAUCGUCAUUAGGUUAGUUUAAUCUUUGAGUUAGUUAUAACAGACACUUAAUUUCAUUCCAGGUUUCAUGCUGCCAGCAAAUAAAGCUAAGUUAGCGACUUCGCAUAGCAAGCUUGUGCUUGUUCUUCAGCGCUAUCUUAGCAGCUAACCCGUUGUUAAUGUGGUUAUUAGCAAAGUUAAAAGCAAUAUUUGUCCUGUACUUUUUAAAGCAAUGGACCGGCCAUCAAGAAAGACGAAGGUUGUGAAUUACAGCGAAGCCAAGGACUUUGAUGAUGAUGAUGAUUUUGCCCAUGUGAGAGCACCGCCCAGUAAAAAGGCCAGAGAAGAUGGAAGGCAGGAACAGAAGAAAUCUUCAAGCAAGUCGUCCAGUCAAGAGACGAACUCACAAGUCACACACAGCGAGAAAAGCAGAAAACCACUGGAUGAGAAGUUGUAUGAAAGAGAUCUCGAGGCGGCCAUCACACUUUCGUUGCUUAAUAACGCAGAUGGAACAAAGGAGUUUCUCACCAGUAAAGGAGACGUUAAAGUUCAAAUCCCCAUUGAUGAAAACACAGAUCCAACAUCUUUGUACCUGUCCAACUGCAGCGUGAAUGGUGCAGUUCUGGGCCUGGACAGAAUCACAGCAGAUAAAGAGUCCUCUGCCGUUCAGAGGAAAUCCACCACUAAAGCUGCUGAGGUGAAAACCAAAAAGGAUGAAGAUGAGGACUAUCAACCCAAAAUGACUCCAGAUUCGGAAAGCGAUGAAGAUUUCAGUGAGCCUGGUGAAAGUGAAGAUGAGGAAUUUACCAUAAAAAAAGCCCACAAGACUAAAAAGGAGAAAACAACCAAGAAAGACAAAACCAAACCAGCUCCUGCUUCUAAAAGAGAAAAGCAGCCAUCAAAACCUUCAAUGUGUAAAACACAGGCUGCAGUAGGUUCCACGACGGUGAGGAGCCCUCCAACAGCCAAACUGGCACCAGCAAGACCUGCUUCAUCCUCCUCAGUUUCCACAUCGAAGCCUGCAGCCUCUCUGAGCCCAGCUGGGGGAAGGAUACCCAAGUGGAACCCACCAGCUCAAGUUGGUAGAAGUCCCCCAUCGUCCCAGAGUCCAGCAGUGAAGUCCCCGGGUCACGGUCUGAGACUGGGACUGUCCCGCCUUGUUCGGGUCAAGCCUCUUCACCAAGUCACUGCAAGUCAAGCAAGUCACUGACUGAACUGGUGACCUGGUGAAGGACAAUUCAGUCAUUUCUUUUUAAACCGAUUCUUGGAUUUAUUGAUUCCUGUUACUCUUUUUUUGUACCACAAACCCAUGACGAAUCCAGCAGCAGAUAUCUUCACCUCUAGUUCUGCUAAUUAAAUAAAAACAAUUAGGGGUAACUGGGUAACUCUGAAAGCCUAGUCAUGUGUCAUUGUCAGAAAUUUGUGCAUCCUGUGAGUUAAGAGUGAAACUGAUGUUUAAUUUGGUAGUUUUAUGUUUUUAGCCUCAUUUUUGGAUGUGUUUCCAUUUUUCUACCAUAGAAAACAUUUCUUUACUCUUGUGUGCAAACCUUGUAUAUUGUGUAAAUACAUACAAAAUAAAAAGUAAA